AUGGGUCGUGCCGGUGAUGCAACGCACAAAGUUUCGGGUCGUGAUUCAAAAGGUGCGUCGAAUGUCACCCAACCUAUAGACCGCGCGAUGCCGUGCGAUCGCGUCGAGCGUCGGUGGACGCGGGCGACGGUUCGCGUCACUCGGACCGCGCGCGGCGGUGGACGACGACCGGGAGAUCGACCGGGUGAUCGCGCGAUGGCGCGCGCGCGUGGGACGCGGGGACGCGCGAUCGUCGCGGUGGUGCGCGCGAUCGUCGCGGGGGUGGGCGCGACCGCGGCGCGGGCGAACGAGGAAUUCGUCGCGUGUCGAGACGCGCGCGCGCAGGCGCCGAUCGAUGUCUCGGCGACGGCGGCGAUGGGCGCGAUGGCGAGCGAGACGUGGAAACGCGCGAUGGUGAGCGAUGUGAGGGGGAUGGUUUUGGUGAACGUGCACUUUCACGCGCCGGCGGAGCAUCGGAGCGAGGGAGAGUACUCGACGCGCGAGGUCUCCGAGACUGGAUUCUCGUGCGACGACGCCGCGACGCUGGGGUCGGACGGCGAGGCGUCGAAUGACGCCUUUGUGCACUGCGAAAACGUCGCGCUCGGUGAUACGGUGGAGUUACACUGGGUGUACUCCACGGGAGGCGAGCGCGGAGCGGAAAUCUCGGACGGUCUCGGCUCGGCGUUCGCGACUCAACGGAACCCGCUCAUCGUGGUUCGGGCGCAGGUCUUCCGGGUGACAAACGGUGGCGACGGCGCGUACGAUGAUGAUGCGAAAUCUUUGCUCUCUGGGUGGAACGCUUCGAUCGUCACGGACGCGCUUCAAUACAUCGGUUCGACCACCGGUUCGAAGUACGACUCGAUUGAUAAGUGCUCGCCAUACGCCGUAACUUGGCACGUCGAUCGUAAAUGCCAUAACAUCUCUGCGCGCAAGAUCGAUGAGAUGUGCGGCGAGAUGAAACGAACGUACUCAAUGACUGAAGACAUCCGCGCGCACGAAUCGCGGGAGCUUGUACCGCCUCGAUUGAUGACGAGCGAGACGCGACCUCUUGAGUCGCCGUUUUUCUGA